CAAACAUGUCGAAAAACAUCUCGGCCGCCCUCGCCCCGAAGAACUGUUGCUUCCGUGCUAUGUCGAAGAUGGCCAUUGGUAUCGCUCCACUCAGCGCAGGGCUCUGCUCAAUCUUCCUGGUCUCCUCUUCUGUCAUGACCUUCUUCUUCUUUGGCUUCCCAUCCGCACCCUCGGCAUCCGGAUCAGGAAGCAUCAACUCGCCGUCCAUGUCCUCAUCCUCGCUAUCCUCCUCGUCAAAUUCGAUAACAUCCCCCUCUUGCAGCGUUUCCGUGUCCUUGAUCGCCUCGACAGGAUUAACCCCCUUUCUAACCCCCUUCCCAGCCUUCUUCGCCUCAAUCUUCUGCAGCCACUCCAUCUCACACCUGGCGUACUCCACCCAAAGGUCUGGCUCCGUGGUGCAAAACCGGCACCCUCUCAAGUAAUGCGCCCGGGCUUUUUCCAUAUCCCCCGCCUUGGCGGCUCUGCGGCCAGCCAGAGCCCAAAGAGAUGACUCGGACGGGUGAAGGCGGAUGGCACGGGUAGCGAUGCGGUUCCAUCGUUUUGUGGCCUUGACGCUGGCGGCGAAGUCGAGGUAGGCAAACCAGAGCUGCAGGGAGCCCGGGUGCUUGUUGACGGCGCGCUCGAAAAUGUUGAAGGUGCGUGCCUGGGAGGCGUGGGAGGAAGAGUUGCGGAUUUUGAGGCGGGCGCAGCGUUUGGCGCGGAGGCGGUCGAGGGAGGUUUCCCAGGAGAUGUAGGAGAGAAAGUCGGUUGGUUUGGUACCAGGGGAGAGGAUGAGGUGCUCGUAGUCGGAGCGUUUGACGACGAGGGAGCGGAUUUCCUCCUGGAGUUUGGGAGGUCAGCGCACUGAAAAGAGAGUGACAGAGCUAGAGGCGACGGGGGGAUGUACCUUGGUGAAGAUCUCUUUUUCUUCAAACUCGCGGAGCUCGGGAGCUGCUCGCUCGAGGUAGAAGCGGGCCUUUUCUGCGGCGCCACCCAUGGUUAUGGAUUAUAAACCAGGUCUGAAAUGCGCUGGGUUGGUUGCGAUAAGGAAACGACGGUGCAGUUGCAGUGCUGGGCGGAUUGCGCAAAGCUUGGAGAUGUUCUGAGAAAUGGAAUGGUGGAAGCUUGUUGCCGUGGGCUGGUGUUGAACUUUUUAGUGGGGCCCUGUUCACCCGGGCUCUGCCUGUGGCUCACCGAGGCUCACCGUGGCUGCAGGGGCCGUGCAGUCGGGUCAACGGCUUGGCGCCUGUGGAUUUCUCUGAAUGCGGAUCGCGCCGAGGUUUCUGGCGCUCUUGGUGUUGUCUCGCCAUCCCGUCCAAUUCGAUCCUUCCCUUCGUCUCUCGAUGCACAGCAACUGUUGGCCAAGACCAAGCUGUGACUUUUCUUCCCUUCUCCUCCAUCUGUUCUUUUCUGCAGACACUGACUGCUACUGCCCACGGCGAUGUAUCCCAGCGCUUGAUCCCAUCUCCCAACCAAACACACACGUCUUAUCGGAUCCUCUGCCCUUGCCCUGCCCUUGGCCUGGCCUGAGCUUGAACCCUCGUCCGGAACCCCGCGCCGCGUCGACACGGACACGGCCACAAUGGCGUCGUCGUCGUCCCGCUCCUACAAGGACAAGGACGCAGGCGUCGUCCUGUCUUUCAAUGGCCAGUGGGUGAGCUGGUCGCACACUGUCGCUGCCUCCUUGGCUUUCUUGAGCGCCCUCGUCAUUGGGUCUGCGCUUCACUACCACAAGAUUGUCCAGAACGAGUGGUACGGCUAUCCGCAAGAAUGGUUCCCUUCUGUGUCGGCCACCAUUGGUGACCGUUAUCCUGAACGGUCCAUCUUCAUGCUGUUCAUUGCCAUUACUUCCGGUCCUCGAUUUGCUCUCGUCGGGUUAUGGUAUCUCUUGACCGCGAAGCCCGGCCGAACGCUACCGAAGCUGAUCGGAUGGUCCGGCAUCAUCCGAACUCUCACAUGCGGCGGGUGGACCUACAUCACGUCUACCGACGACCAUGACUGGCACGAUAUUCUUAUGAUCUCGUACAUUGUCUUUACGAUUCCGUGGACAACCGGCUGCAUUGCGCUCAGUCCCCCGAAUGCCAAAGCGAUCAAGUACAGGAAAUACAUUGCGGGCGCUUUCUUCGGUACUCUGGUGCCGUUGGUGUACUUUUUCAUCCAACACAAGGUUCACCGUGUUGCGGGAGCGUACACCAUCUACGCUUUCUUCGAAUGGGCCUUGAUUGUCCUCGAUGUGUCCUUUGACGCCGUGACUGCUCUGGACUUUGACUCGCUCGAGAUCACAAUCCGGGAUGUGAAGGGCACGAGCAAGGGAGUCAACCACUCUUCUGUGCCCACUGCUGUGCUUGAAAAGGAGAAGGAACAGGCCACUGGUGGUGUCUAUUCUGCUGGAUUCCGCUUUGGCGAGUUCCUCGACAUUGCGGCUGAUGUUUACCAUGGCUUUGUGUUCUGGUCCAUCUUGACCAGCUUGGGUGUGGUCAUCUGGUACUUUCCCUUGUGGCACAUGGGCAUCUCCGGCUAUGAGGCCCUCGUCAUGACCACUAUUUCGCCUUUCCUGCUUGCCAUCAGGCCGUUGCGCUCUUUCAUCGUUAGCAACCAGCGCAUUACUCACCUUCUGUCACUCGCUGGCCUUCUCGCCUAUCUGGUCAAGGAUCCUGUUUACCGGCUCUUUACUGUUGGCUUUGGCGUCUCCAUGGGUUGUCUCAGCUGGGCUGCUACCUGGUAUUCGGACUCUGUGCAGCCCACCAGACUUGAGGCUCGCAUCCUUGCGUGGACCAUUGGUCUGCUCAUGUCGUCUGUUGCCAAGUUUGCUUGGUACACAAACAAUCCCAUCUGGCCCAUCAUGCAUGCUGAGAACGGUGGCUGGAACGCCACUGGUCUCUUCCUUGCUAUUCUUGCCGCCCUGAGGUUCACUCGCCGUGGCCCUCACCAGGGUGGCAACACGACCGAGAAGAAGAGUGGAUCGUCUGUUCUGUCUGCUAUCGGAAUUGGCGGUCUGUUCUUCGGUCUGCAUUCCCUUCUCUCUGACACCAGCACCAUGAUCCUCUGGGUUUGGGAUGGUUAUCCGAUCCGAGGACCUGUUUCCAAUGUCCAUGGCUGGUACACAAUCGCUGCCACGACUGCUGGUAUUCUCAUCGGCGUCCUCCGACCUGGUUUUGCCACGAGCUGGACUGCAUACGGUCUGGGCUGCAUUGGUGCUGCCUACCUUACUCUCUAUGAGCAAUGGCGUGGUUACUACGGUGGCUUGACUUUGGCUACCUACCUCAUGGCCAUUGCUGUUCCCAUGAUUGGCAACGCUGCCAAGAAGAGCCCUGCGGCCACUUUUGGUCUCGGCUUCCUCAUUUACAAUUUCUUGGUUCUCUUCCACGUCUGGGUCGUCGCCUAUGCCUUUGUGCCUGGUGGCCCGCUGGUUCGGGAGCAUACUGACUGGAUCAUGAUCACCAUGAUGCUGGCACUCGGCAUUGGGCUCUUUGAUCUCAUUUCCCAGCAGGCCAAAAACAACAGCAGCAGCAAGAAAAAGGUUGGUGUCAUCCGCCCUGUCAACACUCACCACAGGAAGUAUCAUUUUGGCGUUCUUGGUGUUCUCAACCUCUUGUUCCUCUCCGCCAACUUCCUGCGCUUCCCUACCAACGACUACAAGCCUUACCACGCCAAGGACCGCCUUUUCACGGCUGGCAUCUGGACGAUUCACUUCUCUCUCGACAACGACAUGUGGUCUUCCGAGUAUCGCAUGCGCGAUCUUAUCAAGGAGAUGGAGGUGGAUGUGAUUGGUUUGUUGGAGUCUGAUCUGCAGCGCGUCAUCAUGGGCAACCGUGACACCACUCAGUUCCUUGCUGAAGACCUUGGAAUGUACGUCGACUAUGGUCCGGGUCCCAACAAGCACACCUGGGGCGCGGCUCUGUUGUCCAAGUUCCCCAUCGUCAACUCAACCCAUCACCUCCUUCCCAGCCCGGUCGGCGAGCUGGCUCCUGCCAUUCACGCCACUCUUGACAUCUACGGAACCCUCGUCGACGUCUUUGUCUUCCACUCUGGCCAGGAAGAGGACCCCGAGGACCGUCGUCUCCAGUCAGAGUAUCUCUCCAAGCUCAUGGGCAGCACCAACCGCCCCAGCGUUUUGUUGUCUUACCUCGUCACGGAGCCCCUCAAGGGCAAUUACAACACGUAUGUCUCCGACGUGAGCGGCAUGCACGACGUGGACAAGACGGACUGGGACCGCUGGUGCGAGUACAUCUUGUUCAAGGGUCUCCGGAGGACGGGUUAUGCCCGUGUGAGCAGGAGCACCAUCACCGACACCGAGUUGCAGGUGGCCAAGUUUGUGGUUCCCAACUCGGAGGAGGACAGCAAGUUUGCUUGGGGUGUGCCGGAGGAUGUAAGGGAUAGACGGGUGGAGGAGCAUGAGGUGCCAGAGGGGUGGAGGUUCCCGAGGAUGUUUAGAGGGGAGGGAGUUAGGGGGCACCGGUAUCAUGUGUUUGAUGAGCCGAGGUACUAUAACUUUUAAUUCUGUGUAAUGGUGAGAUGGGUGGGGGCAGGGAUGUAAUGUGGGAUGAUAUGGAAUAUGGGGGAGGGAUAUGGCAUUGGGUGACUGGGA